GAGGAACAGGAGCAUGAGGAGCCUGACCACAUUACUGCUGGACUUCACAGAGAGAAAUACAAACCCCCACUCAAAACUUUCUACUCCAACAAAACAAACUUUCUACCAUGCUGACCUGCAGGCCUGGUCACUACGUGCUGCUUUUACUGCUGUUUAUGUUUAGUGCUGUGUCUGAAUCAGCCGUUCCUCAAGUGAAGGUGAAUCUUCAUGACUCUGCUACUCUGUCCUGCUCUGAGAGAUGUUCUGGUUUGGUCAGAUGGACUGUGUUCCAUAAACGCAGUGACACUCUGGCUGAGUGUGAUCAGACUUCAUGUAGAUCAAAGGAGGGAUAUCAGAUGAUCCAUGAUCAGUACCUGAAGGGGAAUCUCUCUCUCACCAUCACUGACGCUGAUUUCAGUAAGAAGACCUCGUACACAUGUGACUGUGAUGGUAAAGAUCUCUGUGGUGUGGCUCUUGAUAUUGAGCCCUUGAAUACUACAGUUCAAGUAGAGUCUGGUGAAUCUCUUUUUCUGGAUUUGGACGUAUCGGAUCCAGUGGAGGUGAUUUACACCAGCACAGAUGCAGCUGGACCAUCCAGUGGUCAGAUCUGUACAGUGAAUAAAAGCUCACUACAGUGUGAACCCGAAUACACACAGAGAGCCUCAGCAGCUCUUAAACUGAGUGGAAUGAAGAAGUCUGAUAGUGGAGUUUAUACCAUCCGGGACACCAGAAGUAAAGAGAUUAUUCGUAACUACUCAGUGACUGUCAAAGGUGAUUCUGAAGCACAGAAACAGAACCACAGACUCAGUGAAAGCUGCUGCAGUGCUCCAUCUGAUGCUCAGCCCCCUGCGCAUAAAGAUCAGGGAGCUGCUGUACCAGCAUGGAUGAUUGCAGUGCUGGUGGUGAUGGUGGCUGCACUGAUUGCAUGUGCGGUAUUAGCAGUAGCAUGCGUGCGGCUUAGGAGAAAAAAUCAGCUGCUCCAGAUGAGAUCAGGAAGAAGUGGAGAUGAUAACCACAACCAGAACGGAAUUCCGAUGAAUGGACUGGCCAACCACAAUCCAGAAGAACAGCAGAGAUUUUCAUCUGAUGGCCUGGACCAAGUCUGAGAGUUCAUUCACGACGUCUCUCUCUCUUUUUCUUCUCUUGCUCUCUCUCUUGCUUUACUAUUCUUGGGUCCUGUGUGAGAGGCUGUUUAAACGUAUCAAACUCCAACACUGUCUGUUCCUCUUCAUUGUGGAAGCCUUAUUGACGUCUGAACCAGCACUCUGAACUGAGGCUUAUUCUUGCUCUUUAGUGUCUCACUUUCUAAAGCUACUCUCACUGCCAGGAUGUUCCUUUUGCUUAUAAUCUUUAUUCUACACCUCAAGCACUCCUAGGCUGUAAAAUCUUUCUAGAGAAGUUGUCUAUAGUGUCUUACUGGGGGUUAUUUUACUCUUUCACUGAACGGUUGCUCAGAACAAACUGGUCUUCUUUAGCGAAAAAAGUAGGAGUUCAGUAAGUCUGGGUUUGUUACCCUAAACAGAUGUGUAAUCUAGAGAAGCUGAACGUACAGAAUAGGCAGCUCUACAGUGCAGCUAAGUGGAAAGUCUGCUGAUUGUUUUCGUGUUUCAGACUGACCAGUCCUAAGAGAAGUACCUCCACCAGCUUAGACACUGAUGGUACGUAUCGCUGCUGUUAGGACAAAACCUUGUAUCUCCAUUUUGUCAUUUUUCAGUUUUUGACAUAAUUUGAAAAUACUUGUUGCCCUUUCCAU